AUGGACCCCUCCAAAGUCAAAAUCCCCCCAAUGAAAGACCAAACUGUCGACAACAUCACCGACAAUGUAAUCACAAUCAACAGUCUCUGUGAAGACGAACGCAUGAAAUAUAUCCUCGAAAGAUUAGUAACCCACCUCCACGACUUCGCCCGUGAAACCCGUCUCAGCAGCGAAGAAUGGAUGACCGGUCUCCGCUUCCUAACAGAAGUCGGUCAGACCUGCACAGAAGUCAGACAGGAAUACAUCCUACUCUCCGACGUCCUGGGUCUAUCCAUCCUCGUUGACUCAAUCGAUCACCCCAAACCCAAGGGAUCCACAGAGGGAACGGUCCUGGGUCCUUUCCACACGCAUGAUGCCGAGGAGAUGACCGCCGGGGAUUCUAUGUCGCAUGAUCCCAAAGGAGAGCCUUUGCUUGUUGUUUGUACGUUGCGUGAUUUGAAUGGGAAGCCUGUGUCGGAUGUUAAGAUCGAUAUCUGGGAGACGGACUCGACGGGACAUUAUGAUGUUCAGUAUGCCGGUAGGGAGGGCCCUGAUGGGAGGUGUAUCAUGCGCUCGGAUAACGAGGGUGUGUUUUGGUUCAAGGCUAUCACGCCUGUGCCGUAUCCCAUUCCUCAUGAUGGCCCUGUUGGGAAGUUGUUGAAGAAAUUGCAUCGUCAUCCGUAUCGUCCUUCGCAUAUGCACUUUAUGUUUGAGAAGGAGGGUUAUGAUCACUUGAUUACUGCUCUCUACCUCCGCAACGACCCUUACGAAACAUCCGAUGCAGUCUUCGGCGUCAAGGAUUCCUUGACUGUGGACAUCGGCAAGGCCGACGCCGAGAUCGCGAAGAAAUAUAACGUCCCAGAAGGGCAUGCUCUUCUCACAUAUGACUUUGUGCUUGUGUCCGACGAAGAGACGAGCCAGUUGCGAGCGCACAAUUCCAAGGUCGCGCUGGACAAGCUAGGUCGGAAAGUCAAGAUUGUCAAUGGGCUGCCCGUGCCGGACCUGGAUUAA